AUGAUGAAAUACACACAAGAAGAAAAUGGCUAUGAUCCUGGCUCUAUCAAAUCCACGAGAGAAACAAUUCAGUCUCAAAUCUGUUCUUCCCUUGCUGGUGCUGGGAAUCUCCAGUCACUACAGUGGGCUCGUGGAAAGUCCUUUUCAUGGGACGAAUUGACUUGCUAUAUGGCCACAAAGAAGGGACAUUUGGAUGUCCUGAAAUAUGCCCGUGGACAAAAGUGUCCUUGGGAUAGCAUGGUGUGUGCCGUUGCUGCCGGGAGUGGACACCUCAACGUUUUGAGAUGGUUGCGUGAGAAUGGCUGUCCUUGGGAUAAGGUUACAUGUUUGAAAGCGGCUGGCAGUGGGCGUUUGGAUGUGCUGAAAUGGGCUCAUGAAAAUGGCUGUCAUUGGGAUAAACAUGCCUGUGCUGUUGCUGCCUGGAAGGGUGAUUUUGCAGUGCUGAAAUGGUUGCACGAAAACGGAUGUCCAUGGGAUGAAGAAACAUGCUCUGGUGCAGCGGGACAAGGUCAUUUUGAUAUUGUGAAAUGGGCACAUGAAAAGGGGUGUCCAUGGAACGAAGAAACAUGUGCCAUGGCAGCGUGGCAUGGAUAUUUGGACAUUAUCCAAUGGGCCCGGUCCAGAGGUUGUCCUUGGGAUCACAUGACAUUUGAGAAUGCACAGGUUGGAGGACACCAGGAAGUUCUGGAGUGGUGUCGUGCAAAUGGAUGUCCUGACCAACCUGACAGUGAAAGUGCAAGUGACAGUUCUAGUGAAUCUUCAAGUGACACUGAUAGCGACAUCGACAGCGACACUGAUAGCGACCUUGACAGCGAAGCUGAAAGUGACAUCGACAGCGACGCUGAUAGCGACCUUGAAAGCGAAGCUGAAAGUGACGGUGACAACGAAACUGAGUGA